AUGGCCGUCCUCGACCAGGACAACUUCUCCAACAUUUCGUGGCACAGCGAUCAGAACGACAUCGCGGGGCCCAGCACCUCGCGAUCGUCGCCCCAAGACAACAAUAACAGUCGUGGCAGCCCUGGUUACGCUGGUAGCAGUAGCAGGAGAGAUGCAGCCCUCAGUCGCGUCGGUGGCGACAUCCUUGAGUGUACGGUCACCGAGCCGCACAAAGAGAACGACGGGACGAAGGAUGCUUAUGUGUCGUAUUUGAUUACUACGCAUACCACCUUCUCAACCUUCCAACGCCCAACAACCCAAGUCCGCCGCCGCUUCACCGACUUUGUCUUCCUCUACAAGGUCUUGACCCGGGAGUACCAGGGCUGCGCUGUGCCCCCUCUGCCCGAUAAGCAGCGCAUGGAAUACGUUCGCGGCGAUCGGUUCGGCCCAGACUUUACUGCGCGCCGCGCCUACUCUCUCCAGCGCUUCCUGACCCGCCUGGCGCUGCACCCCAUCCUGCGCCGCGCCAGCAUCUUGCACCAGUUCCUUGAGUCUCCUGACUGGAAUGCUAUUAUGCGCACCCGGAGCCAGCGCGGGGGACUGGGCGGGGCUGGGGUUGGUGGGGACGGCCAGAGCCAAGGAGGGAGCGUGUUUGACAGCUUUGCGGAUAGUCUGAUGAACGCCUUUACCAAGGUGCAUAAGCCGGAUCGGAGGUUUAUUGAGGUGAAGGAGAAGGCGGAUAAGCUGGAUGAGGACCUGAACCUUGUUGAGAAGGUCGUUGCGCGGGUUGCGCGCCGCGAGGCUGAUCUCGAGACAGACCUACGCGAGCUGGCUGAGCAGUUCCAAAAGCUAAUUACCCUCGAGCCGGGCGUCGAGAGCGCUGUGAGGGCGUUUGCUGCCUCUGUGGAGGAUACAGCUGCUGGAUUGAAGAAGCUCAGGGACCAUACCGACCAGGAUUACGUUGGCAGCUUGAGGGAUAUGGUCGCCUACAGCGGGGCACUGAAGAACCUUCUCAAGGCACGUGAGCAGAAGCAGCUCGACUACGAACAACUCACCGAAUAUCUCAAUAAGUCGACUGCCGAGCGCGACGCGAUGCAGUCGGGCAGCAUUGGUGGCGGGAUGAUUUCCUCCUUUAGCGCGGCCGCGCUCGGCGGGGCAAGCGGGUUCCUCCGGUCAAAGGUUGAGGACUUCCGCGGUGUCGACCACGAGCAAGCCCGUAGGGACAGGCAGCGUAAGCUGGAGUUAAGAAUUGAUGAGCUGACAAGGGAGGUUGAGAACGCGAGGAAGGAGGCCGAUGCGUUUGCCGAGCAGGUGGUUAAGGAGGUGGAGAGUUUUGAAUGGAUCAAGCGGGUUGAGUUCAAACGGCAGUUUGCUGGGCUCGUAGACGCGCAUAUUGGGUUCUAUGACGGUGUUAUUGAGACGUGGGAGCGGUUUGUCAGGGAGAUGGAGAAAGAGGGGGCUGUCAAGAGCGCGGACACAUCUUAG